UCACAGCAUGCGGAUCAGCUGAGCAACGCCUUACCAGGGAGGAGACAAAGAAACUUAUCCUUGCUUGCGAUAAUGGCGAUGGCCUCCUCACCAAGCAAGAAAUAAAGAAAGCUUUUGAAAGUCUCCGGGCCUUCUGGCCUAGCUAUAUAGGGCAUGGAGGAGAAUCGCAGCAGCAGACUACGACGGUGAUGGACAGUUGUUUUUCUCUGCUGUGCACGGAGAAUAUACUUGCUACUAAUAUUCAUGAGACUGUUUCAGAAUCGGAGACCUUCGCUGUUCCUGGGUUACCGGACAGGUUUGAAUUGACGAAAGUGCAGCUUCCCAAUGGAAUCAAAAUGCUGAAGGUUUCCGAUACUCUUCGCUUAGUAAUAAGAGAGGCUGAGGUAGCGGCGUAUGGAGUAGUGGUUAAUACAUUUGAGGAACUGGAACCGGUGUAUGCGGAAGAAUUCCGACAGAAAAGAGGAGGGAAAGUCUGGUGCGUCGGUCCGGUGUCGCUCUGCAACAAGGAGGAUUUGGAUAGGAUGGAGAGAGGAAACAGGGCCUCGAUUGAUGAAACCCAAUUCCUGCAUUGGCUCGAUUCCAUGAAACCCAGAUCGGUAAGUUAUGUCUGUCUAGGGAGCCAAAGCCGCCUAUCACCGCUGCAGAUGAUCGAGCUAGGGUUAGGUUUAGAAGCAUCGAACCACCCUUUCAUCUGGGUCAUCCGAAAGGAGAAGGAAAUGGAAGAAUUUGAGAAAUGUGUCAGAGAUCAAAAUUUCGAAGACAGGGUAAAAGGGAGAGGAAUUCUGAUCCGCGGUUGGGCACCGCAAGUUCUGAUCCUAUCUCAUCCCGCGAUCGGAGGGUUCUUAACUCAUUGUGGAUGGAACUCAACUCUAGAAGCGGUGACCGCCGGGAUUCCGAUGAUAACCUGGCCAAUGUUCGCCGAGCAGUUCUACAACGAGAGGUUCAUCGUUCAAGUAGCGAAGAUCGGUGUGAGUCUGGGUUCCAAGGUUCCUAUAAGUUGGGGGGAACCGGAGAAGGCUGGCAUUGCCGUGAAGAGGGAAGAAGUGAGUAGGGCCGUAGUGCAACUGAUGGCCGGCGGCGAGGAUGGAGAAGGUAGGAGAAAGAGGGCGAGAGAGCUCGGACAAAUGGCGAACAAAGCAAUCGAAGAAGGGGGGUCUUCGUAUCUCAAUUUGACAUUGUUAAUUCAAGACAUUUUGGGGCAAGUUUCUUCAAGAAAUUAAUGAAUAAUUCUGAAUAGAUUUGUUUUCUUUGG